AUGUCUUCAUACUCAGCCUGCCCAUGGGAGACCCUCCCCGCCGAGAUGAAGCUGUCCGUCGUCGAUCUCCUUGAUUUCGGCGACAUACGCUCCUUGGCCUUGACAAAUCGCCAGUCCUACUCCCUCAGUGUCCCCUCCCUCUUCAGACACGUGAAAAUACCCAGCCUCGAGGCUCUGCAGACCUAUCUGUCAGCUGUCCCCAGCUCCUACAACCAAUACAUCCGCAAACUCUCCAUCUGCACCAAAUCCACCGGCAACCAGGAGCGCCUCGCCUCCGAUGCCCUGUCCACCCUCCUCGCCCAGUGUUCCCAGGUGGAACAGUUGACGCUCAGCUUGGCGACCUCCCUGUCCAAGUCCAUCAUCCCAUCUUUCGCCCACCUAUCUUCUCUGACGGACCUCACCAUCGAUCACUGCGGAGAUGAAAACAUCUUGUUGAGCGAGCGUUUAGUCGUCUCAAUUGCCGCCUCUGUGCCCAAUCUCUCGCGGCUCUCGCUUGACCGCAUCACCCGCUCGGCCUGUCAUGCCCCCGAACUCGUUGGAGCCUAUCCUUUCAUCCCGGUCGUCGGAGGAGACCAAGACAUCCCCGACCACCCCCUCCUGGGUAUAGAACUCCGACUCCCGUCUCUUCUCCGCCUCCCCACCCUCAAGAAACUCCGCAUCCGCGAUUCCCACCUCGGCGACCCUCUAUGGUCCUGCACCCCCGUCCACUGUUCCCUCGAGGUCCUCGACUUGGGCAGCUGCUAUCACGAGUCUCUCGAGUUCAACCGCGACUGCACCGAACGCAUCAUGGCCAAUGUCGGCCACACCGUCGGCGAGUGCGCCCUGAACACCGCCCUCUCGCCGCGGACGUUUGAGUACGCCAAACACAAGGAAACGCCCUUGAAACGCCUGCGCAAGGUUCAUCUCACACCCCUCUUCCCUGUUGACAACGUGGUCGACACUCUGACCACGCUGUCUGGAUCACCCAUCGAAGAACUUGCAGUGCAGUGCCACGAGGACGACGUCCUUGACAUGUGCUCCGCCCUAGAAGACUUCCUCAACUUGCGUGCCGAGCGCGGAGAACAGGUUCUCUACCAGAACUUGGCCGAGAUCACCGUCAAGACCGUGAGCGACUUGGCCGAUGGGCUGUAUGGGCCCUUCGGUAUAGAUGCAAAGUCACCCUCGACGAGCGUCCUUCUUGCUGAGCACGCGGAAGCUGUGCAACGCCUGCAAGAAUUCCUGCGUGACCUUCGUGCGCAAGGCGAAGCCUCUACUCCAAAGACUUUCUGCCCUUCGAAUGACACUGCUGUGGAGCCCACGAGCGAUAAACACGGGCUGUCACCGGCUGACACGUCACUGUAG